ACUGCCUAUCCUGCUUUCCUUCUUCGUGUUUUUCUACAUGCUAUCAUCACUAUGUGGAUGUCACCCUCAGUCUGCUCGGGCCAGAGCUGCAUCCAAUGACACUGCAAGGAAAGACAUAGCUGCAGAGGUCACAGGCUAUGCUGAUGUGGCCAAACGGAUCAUAGACCUGGCUGUGUUUGGAGCUGCUCAGAACCGCUCUUAUAAACGGCUUGCUGACUUCACUGACACCAUAGGGAACCGUGUCAGUGGAUCGCACAACCUGGAGAUGGCUAUCAAAUACAUGUACAGUGCUAUGAUGCAGGAUGGCUUGGACGUACAUCUGGAGCCAGUGAAAAUCCCGCACUGGGUGAGAGGGAAGGAGAGCGCAGAAAUGAUUUUGCCUAGGGCCAAAAGUCUGGCUAUACUGGGACUGGGCAGCAGUGUAGGGACCCCACCUGAAGGUAUUGAGGCAGAGGUGUUGGUGGUUCAGUCUUUUGAAGAACUGAAGCACAGAGCCAGUGAGGCUGCAGGCAAAAUUGUGGUCUUUAACCAGCCGUUUGUUAGCUAUGGGGAGACGGUGGCUUACCGUGCAUACGGCGCCUCUGAGGCAGCUAAAGUGGGAGCUGUAGCCUCACUCAUUCGAUCCAUCACUCCUUUCUCUAUUAACAGUCCCCACACUGGUUGGCAGGAUUACCAAGAUGGAGUGAAACGCAUCCCCACAGCCUGUAUCACUGUGGAGGAUGCUGAGCUGAUGUGGCGUAUAGCACAGAGGGGACAGCAGAUCGUGGUCAGACUCACAAUGGCAGCCAAGACUCUGCCAGAUGCUGACUCUUUCAACACAGUGGCUGAGAUAAGAGGCUGGCAGCACCCUGAGCAGGUUGUCUUACUGAGCGGUCACUUGGACAGUUGGGAUGUGGGCCAGGGUGCCAUGGACGAUGGGGGUGGAGCCAUGAUUUCCUGGGAGGCCCUGUCACUCAUCAAAGACCUAGGUUUGCGUCCAAGGAGAACCCUGCGAACAGUGCUGUGGACAGCUGAAGAGCAGGGUGGAGUUGGAGCACAGCAGUACUUUGAUUUACACAAGGUGAACAUGUCCAACUUUGACUUGGUCAUGGAGUCUGACCUGGGCACAUUCAGCCCAGUGGCUCUGCAGUUUACUGGCAGUGAUGUAGCAAGAAAGGUGAUGGAAGAAGUGGUCAAACUGUUGGCUCCCAUUAACACGACCAAAUUGGAGGCACAUGGAGAAGGGACAGAUAUCUCACCUUGGAUGCAGGCAGGAGUACCAGGUGCUAGCCUACAUGUGGCCGACAGUCGAUAUUUUUGGUUCCACCACAGUGAAGGUGACACCAUGACUGUUCAGGACCCUCAAGAAAUGAAUCUCUGCUCGGCAUUGUGGGCUGUGGUAGCCUAUGUUGUGGCUGACCUGCAGGACAUGCUGCCCAGGUAGUCAGGUACCACACAGGAUGCUGAACCUCCAGUGAAGUGGAGGAGAGGAUUAUCACUGUAACCCACCACUGGACUGCUUAAAUCCUAAACACACAAUCAAAUCAAAUUAGAAAAACUUGAGAUUGAGUUUAAAAAUGUUUAUUUCAGCUUCUGUUUCCAAUUGAAAUGUGAAUUGACUCAGGGUCAGAUAAAGAAUCAUGAGAAAGGAUGAAGAAAUUACCCAUCCAUCCAUUUUGUUUAUCACUUAUCCUCUAGACGGUUGUGGGGGGCUGGAGCUAAUCGGGGUACACCCUGGACAGGUUGCCAGUUAGUCACUUGGCUAACAUAGUAUAGAGACAGACAAGCGUUCACACUCACAUUUACAUCUACAGGGAGUUGAGAGUCGCCAAUUAACUUAACCUGUAUGUUGCUAGUAUGUGGUAGAAAGCUGGAGUACCUGCACAAAACAUGGAAACUUCACACAAGGGGCCCAGCUGGUGGGUUCGAACCCAGAACCCUCAUGUUGUGGCGCAACAGUGUCAUGAGUAUAAUAACAUAAACACAUUUUACAUUUAAAUUAAAAAUAACUAAUGUAAAUAAAUCAUGUUUUAAAUGAAGAUUUAAUUGAUCGACAUAAUGUUGGAACUCAGGACUUCAGUCAGGACCAAAGAGAGGGGAUGUAAAGCUAAUGCAAUAUUGUCAUGCCACAUAAUCAUUUAGAUCAUAUUCAGAAGCGAGUAUAUGCAGGAUUACUAUCUGGAACAAGACCAUGAAAAUGAGAUGUGAGCAUAAGACAGAGAAGUUUCUCAGGUACUGUUAUGUCUGGGCUACAGAAAUGAUUAGAAUAGAAACCUAAUUUGUUGGUUUGCAAAUGUGUAGAAAUAACAAAGUAUAAGAAAGUCUGGAAAAUCAGCUCCACAGUCAAUUGCUCACCUGUGACUCAACAACAACUGUUAGCUAAUAAAAUUGUGGAGCUGUUCAAACCUCUCAUGUUUUUGUCAGUUUCCAGUGUUAUCCAAAAGUUUUUAUUCACCUGCUUUUUGAUUGUUUUGUAUUUUCAUUCUUGCAAGUAUUGUGUUUAACUGAAUGUCAGCACAUUUUGUCUUAUAUCAUCAUUAAAGUUUUUAUCAUUGCUUUA